GAAUUGGAUCCAACAAAGAUACGUCAUAUACGCAAUUAGAGCAUUAUGAUUGCAAACAAAGCCGUCACAACAGGCUUACCUGACUGCGCAAUGAACCCUCCAGGGUCGGGAAUAUAUUAAGUGCUUCAUUGCGCCUAUUGUGAUUGGGAUGAAAUAAGCUGUCACUUGAUCUAAAAGCAUCAUUCACUUGCUGUUCGGGGCAAGAAGUGGCGUGUGUGUGAUUUAUCUUCCCUGGAUUGAACAGAACCGAGCGACAAGAUUGCGGCCGCGGCGAAGAAACCAAAGAUGGCGUCUGCCGCCAAGAACAGCCUGCUCAUUCUACACUUCAACGAUGUCUACAACAUCGAUGCAAGAGAUAGCGAGCCGGUUGGCGGUGCAGCGAGAUUUCAGACGAAGCUCAAAAGCUUCCAAGACAGAAAUCCGCUGAAAUUCUUCUGCGGUGAUGCAUUCAACCCUUCUGUUAUGAGCACAAUCUACGAGGGUCAACAAAUGGUCCCUGUUCUCAAUGCCUUUAAGAUAAAUGGAGCAGUUUACGGAAAUCACGAUUUUGAUUUUGGUGUCGACGACCUGCUUGACUUCAAGAAGAACAGCAAUUAUCCUUGGCUGAUGAGUAAUGUGUUUGAUAACGUGACUAACAACCCACUGGGCGAUGGUGAAAUAACGCUAAAGAUUGACUGGGAUGGUCACAAGAUUGGUUUAAUCGGUCUGGUUGAGAAAGACUGGCUUGAUACUCUCGGCGCAGUGGAUGUUGAUGAAGUGAACUACAAAGAUUUUGUUACCGUCGGGAAAGAACUGAGCAAAAAACUAAGAGAUGAGGGCUGUGACUUCAUCAUUGCUCUGACACACAUGAGACUGGAAAACGAUCAAAAACUUGCGGCGAGUGUUCCUGGGGUUGAUAUUGUUCUCGGCGGUCAUGAUCACGAUUAUGGAAUCUAUGACGUUAAUGGUAAGCAGGUGAUCAAAAGUGGCACUGAUUUCAGAAACUUGUCUGAGGUUGAAAUCACAUUCUCUGAUGGAUCAUUUUCGGUGAAGACGACCAGGCAUGACAUCACUAGCGAUAUUCCUGAAGAUCCAGAAGUGAAAGCAAUCGUGGACAAGUAUCAAGAUAAAAUUGAGGCUCGGAUGCAAAUUCCAUUGGGGAAAGUGGCUGUUGAUCUGGAUGGACUUUUCGCCAACAUACGAACCAAGGAAACAAAUUUAGGAAACCUGCAUGCUGACAUCAUGCGUAAUGCCACUAGAUCAGACAUCUCUAUUGUCAACGCUGGUGACUUGAGAUGGGAUGCAAUUAAACCUGCAGGAGUGUUCAGGGUUGAAGAUUUGGUGAGCCUGCUUCCGUUUACUCCUGCUCCAGUUGUCACUCUUGCAAUUACAGGAGCGCAGUUGCUGGAAGCUCUUGAAAAUGGGGUCAGUAAAUGGCCACAGCAGGAAGGGAGGUUUCCGCAGGUCUCGGGUAUCGAAUUUACUUUUGAUCCCAGCAAGAACGCCGGACAGCGAGUCAUUGCAGGAACCUUGAAAGUUGAGGGAGAAGAUGUCAACUUGGAAAAGAAAUAUACCCUUGCUGUCGGAGCUUAUAUUGCCGGAGGGGGCGAUGGUUAUGACGUUUUAACACAGUGCGAAAUAUUGGUCGACGAAGAAUGUGGCCCGGAGGAACGAACAAUUGUCCGGAACCAUUUUAUAGCUUGCAGCAUCAUAAGUGGCAUAAGGAAAGUGAUAACUGGACACAGACAAAAUAUCGCUGUUGUUCGUCGGGGAGAGAAGCGCGCGGAUAAAGAGAAGGCUAGUGGCGAUUACCCCAUCGGAACAAUAGCUCCUCAGGUCGAAGGAAGAAUAAAGAUUGUUGGUCAGAAUUAAGCGAAGACUAAACGAAAUGUGAGAGGACUUUCACGCAUGUAGAAAUUAGGAGUUAUUAAAAAUAAAAAGACGUUAAAUGGCUGUGAAGCGAUGAGUGAAAAUAAAUGCAUUGUGAUGUGAUGUUC